AGGCGAAAACUCGCCUCUGCCCAAGGCUGUGCGGGGCGUCCGCCCCCGCACUUCGCUGAUUGGCCGCACUAGCCCGCUCGUCACGCUCUUUUGUCUCAGCUGGCAGAGGAUAAAAGCCGCCGCGGCUGCCUUAGGAACCGCGCUGCCUCGUUUCGGCUACCCCUGGUUGGGCGGCCCUGCGAAGCAGCUCCUUCGGGCAGCCCCGGGUCGCUUAGCUGCCAAGGAGGCUUCAGUUCUUUGCCGCCUGCAAGGCGGAGACCAGAAGGCGGAAUCCACAGCUGGCGACGCGGGAGCAUCUGCUGUCCACCAGCGGAGCACAGGCCAUCAAAGCCGCAUCUGAACUUGAAUUCUGUGCAGCUGAUUGCAGAGCUGGACCCGGAUCUGCGACCCCCUGUGGACAGAGGUUGACCGUACCCCGGAGAGGAGCUUUCUCACGGAGGGCACUGGUUGCAGAGGCUGGAAGUGAAAUAAAGACGCGCUCUUGUUUCAGAGUUCGUCCCCUGCUGAGAUAGGAAGGCAGAGCCACCUCCUCUCCUCUCCCACCUGCAGAUUAAGCUUUUCUAAAAAGCCUAGGCAUCUUCUUAUAUUCAGAUAUCCUAUCGUCGUCAGUCAUGGCUAGCAUCAUUGCACGUGUCGGUAACAGCCGGCGGCUGAAUGCACCCUUGCCGCCUUGGGCCCAUUCCAUGCUGAGGUCCCUGGGGAGAAGUCUCGGUCCUAUAAUGGCCAGCAUGGCAGACAGAAACAUGAAGUUGUUCUCGGGGAGGGUGGUGCCAGCCCAAGGGGAAGAAACCUUUGAAAACUGGCUGACCCAAGUCAAUGGCGUCCUGCCAGAUUGGAAUAUGUGUGAGGAGGAAAAGCUCAAGCGCUUGAUGAAAACCCUUAGGGGCCCUGCCCGCGAGGUCAUGCGUGUGCUUCAGGCGACCAACCCUAACCUAAGUGUGGCAGAUUUCUUGCGAGCCAUGAAAUUGGUGUUUGGGGAGUCUGAAAGCAGUGUGACUGCCCAUGGUAAAUUUUUUAACACCCUACAAGCUCAAGGGGAGAAAGCCUCCCUUUAUGUGAUCCGUUUAGAGGUGCAGCUCCAGAACGCUAUUCAGGCAGGCAUUAUAGCUGAGAAAGAUGCAAACCGGACUCGCUUGCAGCAGCUCCUUUUAGGCGGUGAGCUGAGUAGGGACCUCCGACUCAGACUUAAGGAUUUUCUCAGGAUGUAUGCAAAUGAGCAGGAGCGGCUUCCCAAUUUUCUGGAGUUAAUCAGAAUGGUAAGGGAGGAAGAGGAUUGGGAUGAUGCUUUUAUUAAACGGAAGCGUCCAAAAAGGUCUGAGUCAAUGGUGGAGAGGGCAGUCAGCCCUGUGGCAUUUCAGGGCUCCCCACCGAUAGUGAUCGGCAGUGCUGACUGCAAUGUGAUAGAGAUAGAUGAUACCCUCGACGACUCCGAUGAGGAUGUGAUCCUGGUGGAGUCUCAGGACCCUCCACUUCCAUCCUGGGGUGCCCCUCCCCUCAGAGACAGGGCCAGACCUCAGGAUGAAGUGCUGGUCAUUGAUUCCCCCCACAAUUCCAGGGCUCAGUUUCCUUCCACCAGUGGUGGUUCUGGCUAUAAGAAUAACGGUCCUGGGGAGAUGCGUAGAGCCAGGAAGCGAAAACACACAAUCCGCUGUUCGUAUUGUGGUGAGGAAGGCCACUCAAAAGAAACCUGUGGCAACGAGAGUGACAAGGCCCAGGUUUUUGAGAAUUUGAUCAUCACUCUCCAGGAGCUGACCCAUACCGAGAUGGAGAGGUCAAGAGUGGCCCCUGGCGAAUACAAUGACUUCUCUGAGCCACUGUAAGGGACCACCCCCAGGUUUCAGUGAACCCUUACCUAUAUUCAGCAUCCAGUAGUGGGAAAACUGGGGUGGGGGUGGGGCUUCUAACUGCAUGAAUUAAUCCACAAAGCGGCUAUCUUUUGGGGUGGAGUAGAAAGGGUCUUGCAUACCAGCACAUUGGAGGGAGAUAGCCUGACCUCUGUCCUUGCUCCUUCUCCCUGCAGCCUACGGGUCUGUUUUCUGUGUGUGCCCAUUUCCUUGACAGCUUUUAUUCUUUGUGAAAGUGGUAUAAUUUAUUGUUAAAUAUUUGAACAAUAAAAAAGGUACAAAAAGUGAAGUACAAAUUACCCAAAUCUCUCCACCCUUAUAUAAUCAUUGUCAACCCUUUGAUGAGUGAUAUUUCCCUAUACCUAUGUACCGAGAUAGAUAUAUGCAUAGAUAAAAGUGAUGAAAUAUAAGUUCUGUUCUAUCUGUAUUUUUUCACCAAACAAUAUAUGUUGUGAGCUUCUAUGUCAAUAAAUAUAUAUAUCAGCAUCUGC